AUGGCUCGCCGUCCUCGGAAGGCUGACUACCAGUCAUCCAACGACAGUGACUCUUCUGAUAGAGAAAGCACCGAAGAUAAUCAAUACGACACUGAUCUUACGGAGCCCGAGGAUGAAGACGUCCAAUUGCAGGAUGCCAGCGACGCGGCCUUGCUCUUCGCAGAUAACGAACAUCCACCGGAGUACUAUAUCCAGCAACUAGCAAACUUCGACGAGGCAAUCUACACCCAAGAAGAUUACGCCAAAGGCACCACCACCACUCUCCUUGACCGGGUUAAGGAAAAAUGGUCCCAAUUCUGUGCUUGCCUUCGGAAGGACCCUCAGGAGGAACUCGAACGUGUGUCAGUUCCGAUCUUAUUUACCUUCCUAGACUGGCUACUCAAUCUGCGACGCGGGAAAAAUGGAAGACGGCUUCCCGGUGUCAAGUGCAAGAGCUCGUUGGACACGUUCUGGAAAGUAUUCCGACUGGUAUACGAGAAUGAAACUUCCCACAAGAUUGGGAAACAAAUGAACCGCCAAAUGCGUCGAGUAAUUCGACAGUUGGCUAAGAAGCACAAGCUGUCUCCCAAAGGACGCGAUAAGCCUCCCAUGGAUGUCGAGGUCUUAGUGAAAGUUGUGGAGACCAUCAUCAGUACUACUGAGAAGAAAUUCGGGCACGGCCGCCAUCGUAUCGAACUUGGACUAUUCUUGCAGCUCGCCGGUCUCACCACAAACCGUCCUCAGGCCAUAUUGGAUCUUAGGUAUCGACACAUUCAGGUCAGGUUGCUCCGCGACCCUCAGGGUGGACCACAUCGCAUUAUCAUUGAGUUUACAUUCGAAUUCACGAAGGAGUGGCUGGGUGCCAAGGAUGCAAACACGUAUGUACUCCCCGAAAUUAUCUUCGAUCCUUCUCUUGUCCUUAGUCCGCAUGUUUUCCUCCUGGGCAUUCUUUUCGCAGACCGCGCGUUUGACAGGGGCGAUGGUGAAGAGGUGUUGGUUUCGGCAAACCAGCUCCCUCGACUGCGGAUUCGGGAUGAAUGUAACGAACUGCGACUACAGCUCGACCCAAAGCUGGAUGAUGUUCCAGUGUUUCCAAUGUUGGAACAUACCCUACAAGGAAUUGGCAUCUCCCCUGACCAGCCUCUUCCAUACUCGACACUGGAGCCAUGGGUCAAGAAGAUCGGUGCUAUCACAGGGUUUCGACAGAUCACCCGUCCCUACAGCUUGCGCUAUGGAGGUGGUACCGCGUUGGACAGUAGUGGUGCGGUUAGUGAUCCAAUGCGCAACCUUAUUAUGCAUCACGUGGACACUCACACCUUUCUGCGCUACUAUCUGAGUAGGAGGAUCAACAAAAACCUCCCUGCAAUUAUCCGCGGCCUUAACCCGGAAGACGAUUUCAUGCUUGCCGCUUGCCGGAUGAGCCGAACCAUCGAUCCCAAUCGGCCCCGAGAACUGACUACUGCUCAAUCGUCAUCUGUUAAUCAACAGCCGGAAAUAGUCGAACUGGUCCGCCGACGCGAUGAGCUUAGUCGACAGAUGGGACGGCCCCUGUCACAGCACGAGGGAACGAAGAGAUACACUAUUUAUAAGAAACUGAACCAAGAGAUAUCAGGUGCCAGAAAACGAGCACGAGAUAAGCUCCUUUCAGAGAUCCAAGCAAAGUACGACCGGGAGCAGCCAAUGCGAGAAAUCCAACACCAGCUGUCCGGAGACACACUGGCUGAAAAUGAGAAGCCUUUGAAAUGUUCGGAGGUGGUACCUGCACCACAGAAGCGACUGAUGGAGAGCCUUCUCACCCUGCCUCGACCGACUCUCGAGGAGGAGAUGAAUAGAAGAACGGAAGCCAUUGACGCUGUGGCAGCUUACUCACUCUUCGAAGAAGGCGAGACAUGCCGACUCCCGCGCGAUAAACGUUCCUCCAAGGAUGCUAUUACCGUGGAGCCAACCAAUGAGGAUAGAAACGUACCGAAGACCGAGAUGACUGAGUCCAUCUCCUCUGCGGACGGUCAGCUGGUUGCUGCGAUUCGAUCACUAAUGAGACCCCUAUCAAAAGAUAGGACCUCCAAGGUGAAGGGCGACAGGCCGUUAUUCUGUUUCAUCUGCCUUGGCCAACAGGAGUUGAAUAUUGUGAAGCGGACGUACAGAUUCGCGAGCCAUGGAGAUGUCACAAAACAUAUCAAACGGAAACACCUUCGGCAUAUCUCAGCGCUAUCUGAUAUACGGUGUAAUGUUUGUGGUGAACAGUUUUCCAGCAAGAUGCACCUCCAACGGCACGCCUUUGACAUCCACCUGACUGUGACUUGAUAUCGGCAUGCUUCUACGAUGAUGAGACCAUCAUCUCUAUGUACGAUGGCCCUCAACUUGACCGUGAUUUACCAAGCAAAGACUCACGUCCCUGUCGUUUUUCCUAAUCAUGCUCCUUGUUAAGGUUUAUGUACGUAUAGCAUAGAUUACUCCAAG